UAGUAUUUAGUAUUUUAGUAAUUACUCAAAUUACUGCAUAGUGCAUAUUUUAUAUCGUUAGAAUCGAUACUAGAAUUUAUUUUUAUAUUUAGUUACGUUAUUCAUUGUCGUUGUGUUUUWAUAUAACACUAAUCAUGAAUACUUUAAUCAGAUCGUUGAGAUCUACCCUAAGAAUUUCYAAUGUGGUCGUCAAUAACUGUACCAAAAAUAUAUCAACGGCACCCAUCUAUCGGUCACUGUGGUUCGCWACAGGAAAUUCAGAUCAAAUACGACCUUUCAACGCACGGCUUGCACAUUCAUCUGUUGAAAAAGAAUUAUUACAGUUCUUGGAUAAUGAAAUAAAAAGUGAAGAACAGACGUCUGACAAAUCACAUUUACCUAAAACAUUCGAAGGAUUCCAAGUAUCUGCUGAUGGUGCUGAAGUAGAACUGACAAAAAAAACUUUGGAUGAAACAAUUGCCAUAAAAUUUAAUAUCAACCACUCAGUAACAGAAGAAGAAACUGAAGGAGUAGAUAACGUUACUUUAAGAUCUAAGCCAGAUUUUGAAAUAGAUAUAACUCGAGGUGAUGUUAUUCUUGGAUUCAAUUGUUCRUAUGCCAACAAUUUUGAAAACCCAGAAUUAGAUGAAUCAAAUGAUGAAGUAUUUCACAUUGAUGAAGUAACUAUUUAUGAAAACAAAUACUCGGACAAUAAAUAUGCCCUAGCUGGAGAUACAUURGAYGCUGUAAGUUCAUUGAUAUUUUGUUUUUGUGGGUAUAUAAGUACUGUUUAGGCGAUACAUAUAUAA